UUAUUCUGGACACAACAGCUCUGAGAUCUUCAAGCUCUACAGAACUUCUACAGAUUAUUUCUGUGAUUGUGAAGAAACAUCUUGAAGAAUGAGAAGCCUGAUCUCUGUGCUGUUCCUGGUGAUCUUCUGUUCUGAGCAGAUGACUUCAAAUGCUGUCAUUUCAAUUGAUGUAGCACAAUCUAAGUGUUGUGUAGAGUUCAGUGAUGUGAAGAUUCCUGUGAAAAUGGUGAAGUCUUACUACUGGACCAGCAGCAGCUGUCCUAGACGAGCUAUUGUGUUUCAGACAAAAGCAGGGAGAGAGUUCUGUGUAGAUCCAGAGACCGUCUGGGUGAGCGGCCAUAUUGCUAAAGUGGACAAAAGAACAAAAGUCUAAAAGAAGCUACACUGUUUCUAUUUGAACUGUAUAUUCAAACCUUGUGUUAUUUCCAAUGUGUAU